AAUUGUUCUGUUGACUACUGUUUGGACCAAUCAGAGUACAGCUAUACAUGUAUUUAGAACAUAUAUUUUACGUAUACGCAGCAGUUGAACAACCAUGCCUGAGUUAGGAUACUGGAAAAUUCGUGGGCGUGCCCAGCAAAUCAGAUUGCUCCUUACAUAUGCAGGAGAAGAGUUUACAGACACUGUAUACGAACAAGGAGACCCACCAGAAUUGAGCAGAGAGGCAUGGAAUAGUGUAAAACCUAAAUUUACGGAACUGCUGGACUUUCCAAAUCUACCAUAUUAUAUUGACGGGGAUGUAAAAAUAACUCAGAGUAACGCCAUUCUGAAGCAUAUAGCCAGAAAACAUAAUUUAGAAGGGGACACAGCUAAAGAAAAAGCAACUGUUGACAUGCUUUUAGAUCAAGCUAUGGAUCUGAGAAAUGGGGUGGUCAGAUUAUGUUAUAAUAAAGAUUACGCAAGCUUAAAAGACGAGUAUUUCAAAAAUGUUCAAACUUCUCUGGCACUUUUCGAAAAGAAGCUUGGAGACAACAAAUGGUUUACCGGUGAUAAGAUAACUGUGGUUGACUUCCCGAUGUACGAGCUUUUGGAACAACAUACCCGUAUGAAAUCUGAUUCACUAGACGCAUACCCGAAACUUAAAGCAUUCCUCGGAAGAUUCCAGGAGUUACCGAAAGUGAAAGAGUAUCUCGCGCAGGAAAGUGUACGUAAUAUGCCAAUCAACAACAAAUCUGCCGCAUUUAGAUAAAACAAAUGAAGAAUGACUUUGCUACGCAGCCAUCAUGUACUUAAUUUUUCGAAAAAAAUUCCUCAUUUGAAAGUUGUAAAUGGUAUUAACAGUUUUUUAAGCUUUACGGAUAUCUUUUGUAAUAUAGUACUUUUAAGAUUU